AUGGAAGUUCACACCGAUUCCGUGAUUGUUGCGGUGCGAGAAGCUCCCCCCCGUCAAUUGCUCAUUAAUGGCGUUAACAUCGGUGAAAAAAGCGUUAUAAGUAUCGCCAGGGAAUAUCCCAAGGCAGUGGUUGUCAAUGGCUCCGUGUUCAGUUUUGAUUAUAGCUUCGACUCGAAAGCCUCGCAGGCUGAAAUCUACUCAGCUUUAAUGCACCCCAUGGUGAUGAAGGUAUUGAACGGCUAUAACUGCACUGCAUUGGCCUAUGGCCAGACAGGAACUGGCAAAAGCUAUUCCAUGGGCAUAACUGCUGAGAAAAUGUCAGAGGAGCGUGCCGGCAUUGUGCCUCGUUGCCUGAAAGAUUUCUUGACCAAUUUGUCUAUUAAUGACCAAAAUGAGAACCACGCUGCAAUCGGAGAGGUUUUUGCUUCAUUUAUAGAAGUAUAUAAUGAGAAGGCCUACGAUCUGCUUGCGCUCGACGCAAAUAAGCCGAUUUCCUCGCGCGGCCAGCGUUUUGCUGGCUGCACCUUGUUGGCCGUGAAGAGUCAGAAGGAUAUGAUGCACAUUUUGUUGAAGGGCACCAGGAACCGUCACGUGCGUGCCACCAACAUGAACGGCAGCAGCUCUCGCUCUCAUGCCAUUGUGAGUAUACAUAUUCAUAAGGGGCUUCAACGUUCGCGCCUCAACAUCGUCGAUUUGGCCGGUUCCGAGAGUGUGCGUCGCACUGGCAACGAGGGCAUGGCUCGCACCGAAGGUGUUUACAUCAAUAUGGGACUCAUGAGCAUCAGUAGAGUGAUGGAAUCCAUAUCCGUUGGCAACUCACUGGUACCCUAUCGUGAGUCCAUUCUAACAACUGUUCUGCAGGGUAUGUAA